AUGGAUAUUCCUCGUUUUAUUGAUGUAAUGCUUCGUAAUGGUACUAUCACUUCUAUUUCUGUAACGGUUCCAUGGAUGCCACCAAAGUGCCAGCAUUGUAAGGUGUAUGGUCACAGCGAGAAGACAUGCCCGCAUAAGGCCUUGGUUGUAGAAACAAAAGUGUGGCUACCAAAGCGGAAGAAUGAUGGGAAAACAUCGAAUAACUCUGAAGUGGAAGUCAAAAAGAAGGUGGGAGACGAGAUUUCUCCUAAGAGGGUUCGGAGAGGAGUUGUAUCUACUAGGGAGUUGAAGCUGGCGGUAACAUCUGGAUCGACAAACAGAUUUGAAGUAUUGGAUAAGGUUGAUGAGGUUAAGGCCAAUGCUGAGACGAAUCAGAAUGAUACUGCUAGGCCAGAGUUGCAUGAGACAAUGUUAGAAGAGGUUGUAGUCAACUCACCAAGGAGGACUCGAGCAGCUUCAGCUGGGGUUGCGGAGUUAAUGAAGCAAUUGAAGAAUAAAAAGAGAGGACUUAAUGCUCCUCUGAAGCAAAAAGAGUUUAUAGUUAGGAUUAGAACAUUACAGGUAGAUAUUUCUUGUUUGUUGGAAACGAGAGUAAAACAGAAUAAUAUGAAGCAAGUAUUGAGUAAUCAUUUUGCUACUUGGUCGGUAUUCCAUAAUUAUUCAACAGCCUAUAAUGGGAGGAUUUGGUUCCUAUGGAAAUCAGAGUUGAAUGUGGAACUAGUUGCUGAUAAGGAUCAGAGUAUUACAUGUGGUGUACAGUAUGGUACUCAGAACGUUUAUGUGACUACCAUUUAUGGGUGUGAUAGUGAGAAAGACAGGAGGAGGCUUUGGACGCAUCUGCUCACACUCCAUAAUAGGAUUGCUGAUGGUGUAUGGAUUCUAGCUGGAGACUUCAAUAUUGUGGCCCACCCUUCAGAGAGCUCGGAUUUUAAUGGUUCCCAGGUUGCGAGCUUAAGUGUCAGAGAAUUCCAAAAUUGUAUGAAAAAGCUAGGGAAGAGGGAAGAGUUGGCAGCUGCACAAAUAGCUGCACUAACUCAACCUGCCAGAGGUGAUGCUAGAAGGGAGACAAAGCUUAUAUCGGAGCUCCAUGAAUUGUUGAAAGCUGAAAAAAGCUUAUUGAGGAAGAAGUCAAGGAUACAAUGGAGCAAAGAAGAAGACAUGAACACGGGGUCUUUUCACAGAAUGGUGGCAGCUAAGCAGAAGAAAAGCACAAUAAAGGUUUUGUAUGACGGUGAGGGAAACAGGCUGGAUACAUUUUCACAAAUUUCAGAGGAAGUUGUAGAGUUUUUUAAGCAAUUGUUAGGCACUGUAGAUGAUAUUACAAGAGAGGAAAUAAAUAAAGCUAUAUUUUCUCAGCACAGUGGCAAAGCAGUAGGGCCUGCUGGUUACAAUGCUCACUUUAUUAAGUUUGCAUGGAGCAUAGUAGGGGAGGAUGUUGCUAGAACCAUUGCAAAUUUCUUUCAAAAUGGAGAAUUGCUACUAGCUUUCAACUAUACUAUUAUUGCUUUGGUGCUGCCAACGCUGGUCAGCAAGAAUCGAAGUGCCUUCAUCAAAGGGAGGAGCAUCACAGAUAAUGUAUUACUGGCACAGGAACUGGUGAGAGGUUAUAGCAGAACAAUGCUUUCUUCAAGAUGCGCAUUAAAAAUAGAUUUAAAGAAAGCUUUUGAUUCUUUAAAUUGGGAUUUGCUGAUCAUAGUGCUUGAGGCUAUGAGGUUUCCAUGGAGAUUUAUCAACUGGGUUAAAAGUUGUAUCACCAUGCCAUUAUUCUCAUUGUCAAUUAAUGGAGGAUUGGUUGGGUAUUUUAAGGGAGCUAGAGGAGUAAGGCAAGAGGACCCUAUGUUACCCUCCUUAUUUGUUGUAGCAAUGAAUGUUGUCUUGAGGCUUUUGGAUACAGCAGCAGCUCAUAGAGUCUUUUCUUAUCACCCAAAGUGUAAGAAGAUCCAACUGACACGCUUGAGCUUUGCAGAUGACCUGCUAAUCUUCACAAAAUGGAACCUGAAGUCCAUACAGAAGGUACUAGAGCUAUUUUACUCAUUUUCAGACCUCCAGCUGAAUUUUACAAAGAGUGAGUUAUAUUGCACAGGAGUUUCAAGGGACAAGAUAGAUGAAAUACUGGUUGCAGCAAGGUUCAAGCAUGGUUCUCUUCCAGUUAGAUACCUAGGGGUACCACUGGUUACCCGCAGGCUUAGUGUUGGAGACUGUACGCCACUCGUUCAAAAGAUCACAGCGAGAAUUCAAUGUUGGGCAACAAGACACCUGGCUUAUGCUGGUCGGUUACAGUUAAUCCAGUCUGUUAUCUUCAGUCUCCAUAAUUACUGGUGUAGGCACUUUAUUUUGCCUAAACAGAUUCUUAAGAAGAUUACUCAGCUUUGCCUAAGGUUCUUCUGGAAAGGGCAAACCAGCAUAAUAAAGGGGGCUCAAGUCAUUUGGCAAGUAAUUUGUAGGCCCAAGUCUAAGGGAGGGCUUGAAUUAAAAGACAUAGAGGUAUGGCAUCAAGUUUGUGUGCUAAGACGUCUUUGGUCUAUAUUUACACAGGCUGGCUCUCUAUGGAUAGCAUGGAUUCAGAGUUAUGUGCUAAAAGGGAGAAGCAUAUGGGAGAUUCCAAUCUCCCAUAGCUGCAGUUGGGGAUUGAAAAAGAUGCUUAAGCUUAGAAGUAUUGCUUCCAAAUUCUUAACACACACAGAGAAUGGACUAAUAUGGAAAGUUCCUAACUACUCUACUGCCAGUGUGUGA